UACUAAGACACAUGCCAAGCUGCUGACCGCCGAGCCUGAUCGCAAUCAUCCCACCUUGUUAUAUUUGCCAGUUCAUAAUCACGUCUUAUGUCAACUUUACCGAGCGAAGUAUCGGUAGUCUGAGUUAACCCCAGUCACCUGGAACCGAGACCUCACAUGAACCUUCUGGCCUCCAACUCUAUGCGCACCUCGAUCUCAUAGCCCAAGCUAGCAAAUCUCAGCAGCCAAAGACACCAAAUUCCAAGAGACUAUGGGGUCCAUCGAAGCAGCCCCCGCCACCCCGAGAAAAAACUUCUUCAUCUUUGGCCACAACAUCUCCCACACUCUCUCCCCAACAAUUCAUAACACGGGCUUCCGAGAGCUCGCCCUCCCUCACCAUUACGGCAUCCAUCAAACAGAGAGCGUUGACGCUACCGUAGAAGCCAUCAUCAAAGCCGAAGACUUUGGCGGCGCAUCAGUCACGUUUCCACACAAAUUGCAAAUCGGCAGGCUCUUACAUGCGAUUACUCCCUGUGCGCAGAAGAUUGGGGCCGUGAAUACCGUCAUCGUCGAGGAAGGCUCGGAGACGGGGGGUAGGAGACUUCUGGGUGAUAAUACGGACUGGCAUGGGAUUAGGAGAUGUAUCGAGCGCGGCGGUCUUACAGAUUUCGGUUCUUCGACGGCUUUAAUUCUGGGAGCCGGUGGAGCAGCGCGGGCUGCGUGUUAUGCUAUUCAGGAGUUGGGGAUUCGGAGGCUGCUUGUUGUGAACCGGACGGUAUCGAAGGCAGCUGAGAUGGCGGAACAGUUUCCUCAUCUUGACUGUCAGAUUUUUGCAACCUUGGAAGAUGUCAUAUCUGCUGAAAGUGAGCGAGAGGGCUUGGAUAUGCUUCCUUUGAGAAUUAUUGUCGCUUGUGUUCCAGCGGAUAACCUUGGCGAGGAGAAGAUUCCGGCUGGACUAUUUUCUGCUUCUGAGGCGGGGGUCUUGGUUGAAAUGGCGUACAGGCCGCAGGUCACUGGUAUGAUGGCGAUGGCAUCACGACAUUCGGUAUGGACGGUGUUCAAGGGGGUUGAUGUGCUGGAGGAACAGGCUUAUGCUCAGUUCGAGCUGUGGACUAGGAGAGAAGCACCCGUCGAGACGAUGAGGGCUGCGAUGCUGGCCAAGAUCAAAGAAAGAGCACAAGACAAUCCUUGA